AUGAAUAUUUUGAACAUCACCUCAAUUGCUGAAACCCUCCUUUUCCUGACAACAGUGCCAAACACCUCCAACAACACGGCACUGGAAAGCAAGGCGAAUUUCACAAUAAUACGAACCGACUACACUCCUUUGCUCACAUGCAUCGAUGAAAUUCAAGGUGUGCUCGAGGGAGUGGAAUAUAACCAACCGUCUCGUAUUGUCGAUUGCGGUCGCCAGGUCAAAUUUUGCCAGAAAAUAACCGCUCACUAUAUUUCUGCGAAAUCGGAAUCACAAAUAGCAAUGCGUGGAUGCGAUUCGAUACAAAUAGCUGGCCAGUUCGAUGGAGUCUCGUGUGAGGUAUAUGAUUAUGCUUGCGUGUAG